GUUAUUGGCAGAUUUCCUGAAAAGAGGCGGGAGCAGAGUUUGUAGUGAGCGCUGAUUGGCCGGCGGGUCCGUCGGUCUGUGCUCGUGCGUGUGGCGUCUGUGGGUCAGGUUGAUGGAGCGCUGUGGAGGAGAAACACGGUGAAGGUGCUGCGAGCAGCGGAAACUUUUCUGUGUGCCUCCGCUUCGCGUUUUUCCUUCGUCCCGCCUUUUUCGGCUCUUUUUCACUCACUUUACUUUCUUUCUUCAAACUUCACGGCGGUUUCUCCACUUUACGGUCCCAGUGGUGUCUCCCUGGCAACACGAUCAACUGUCCUGCGAAGUUAGGGUCUGUGUUUUUACCUUCAGCGGAAAAAAACUGCUCGUUCACGCGCUGAGCUAACAGAACCGAGCCGGGACCGACGGGAGCGCGCGCAGAGGCUCUCCCAGUACUUUUUUGGUUCCGUUUCCGUUCGUGUGGCUCGGACCGGCUCUUCGUCGCGAGACAAUAGUGAGGGAAAGAAAGAGAGAGGGAGUUCGCGCUGGUGGCGGGGAGGGUCGAUGCCUCGCGGCGCUUUGUUCUGCCCGCUGUGGAGACCUCCCGCGUGCCCGCCGCGGAUACCUGCCGAUCGAUCGGAGUAUUGAUGACCGAGCAGAGCCAUGGACGUCACCCUCUCCGAGCUGCUAGGCGCGUUCAUGGAGUCCCCCCUGGUGGUGUGGGUGCGGACGCUGGGCCCGCUGGGGUCAGGUGACGGCGCCGGCUCAGACGAGCGACUCAGCAUGUUCAUGGAGCUGGUGGACGGCGUCUUCCUGCACAAGAUCAUGACACACAUCGACCCGAGCCCCACCAAUCAGAGGCUGAACAAGAACGUGAACAAUGAUGUGUCGCUGCGCCUUCACAACCUGACAGUCCUCACCAGACACAUCAGGACGUACUACCAG